AUGGCUCCCUCAUUGAGCACACUUUCCGUCGCCGGCCUUUUGGCCGCCGCCGCUCCCGCUAUGGCCGGCUUCAAUGCCGGGUCUGGCAAGAACGUUGCCGUCUACUGGGGCCAAAACUCAUAUGGGCAAGGUACCGGUAACCUUGCUCAGCAACGCCUCAGCUACUACUGUGACAAUGCCAGCAUUGAUAUCAUCAACCUGGCCUUCAUGAACGGCAUCACUCCCCCCAUCACCAACUUUGCUAACGCUGGCGACCGAUGCACCCCCUUCGCAGAUAACGGCAAUGUCCUCUCCUGCCCGGAAAUCGAGGCCGAUAUCAAGACCUGCCAGAGCAAGGGCAAGACCAUCACCAUCUCUCUUGGUGGCGCAACCUACACACAGGGCGGCUGGGGCAGUGCUGCCGAUGCCCAGAACGCUGCCCAGCUUGUUUGGGAUAUGUUCGGCCCGGUCCCCUCUGGAAAGCAGGUUGACCGUCCCUUUGGUUCUGCCGUUGUCGACGGCAUCGAUUUCGAUUUCGAGUCCACCGUCAGCAACCUCCCCGCCUUCGGAGCCAAGCUUCGUGGUCUUAUGGAUGCCGCUGGUGGCAAGAAGUUCCUCCUCUCUGCUGCUCCCCAAUGCCCAUUCCCGGAUGCCGCUGACGGAGCAACUCUUGACGCAGUUGCCUUUGACUUUGUCCAGAUUCAGUUCUACAACAACUACUGCGGCGUCAACAACUUUGCCGAAGGCUCCCAAACUCAGAACAACUUCAACUUUGAUACCUGGGACAAGUGGGCCAAGGGCAGCAAGAACCCCGGUGUCAAGCUUCUUCUGGGUAUUCCCGCCAACACUGGCGCUGGCGGCGGCUACACCAGCGGCUCCAAGCUCAAGGCUGCUUUUGACUGGUCCAAGCAGUUCAGCUCCUUCGGUGGCGCCAUGAUGUGGGACAUGUCCCAGCUCUAUGCCAACAACGGCUUCCUCCAGGAGGUUGUGAAUGAUCUUGCCGGUGGUAGCACCCAACCUCCCCCCACUACUACACCUCCUUCUGGCCAGCCUACCACUACACCUCCUUCUGGACAGCCUACCACUACCAGCAGCCCACCUCCUACCGGCACUGGAGUUCCUCAAUGGGGACAAUGCGGUGGCCAAGGCUACACUGGCUCUACCCAGUGCCAGGCACCUUACAAGUGCACCUACGGCUCACAGUGGUGGUCUGACUGCCGAUAAAUGCUCUAUUCUCGCUGACGAAUAGAUGCAAACUGGCACUCAUGUCUCAGGCUACUGCAAUCAGGCUGUAGGGUUGUCGCAUCUUGAACCAGCCUUUCUAACAUUCGUUGCACA